UGUUUCUCAUCAGGAAAAAUGGCUGCCCACCUGUCUUACGGCAGAGUGAACUUAAACAUCCUGAGAGAGGCUGCACGGAAAGAGCUUCGAGAGUUUUUGGACAAAUGUGCGGGGAGCAAGGCUAUAGUUUGGGAUGAAUAUCUGACCGGGCCUUUUGGACUGAUAGCUCAGUACUCUCUACUGAAGGAACAUGAAGUGGAAAAGAUGUUCACUCUCAAGAGCGGCAGGCUCCCCUCUGCUGAUGUCAAAAAUAUCAUCUUCUUCGUCCGCCCCAGACUGGAGCUUAUGGACAUCAUCGCUGAGAAUGUAUUUAGUGAGGAUAAGCUGCAUUCAUCACGAGACUUUCACAUUUUGUUUGUGCCUCGACGGAGCAUGCUGUGUGAACAGCGGCUGAAGGAACAGGGUGUGCUGGGAUCUUUUGUCAACAUCGAUGAGUAUAUCCUGGACCUGAUUCCCUAUGAUGGUGACUUGCUCUCCAUGGAAUAUGAAAGUGCUUUCAGGGAAUGCUACCUGGAAAAUGACCAAACAAGCCUGUACCACACAGCCAAAGGCCUCAUGACCUUACAGGCACUGUACGGUACGAUUCCACAGAUCUAUGGGAAAGGAGACUGUGCACGGCAUGUUGCCAACAUGAUGUUGAGGAUGAAGAGGGAGUUUGCUGGCACUCAGAAUCAGAUUCUGCCUGUGUUCGAUACUCUUCUGCUUCUGGAUCGUAAUGUGGACCUGCUCACCCCUCUGGCCACACAGCUCACCUACGAGGGUCUCAUUGACGAGAUCUAUGGAAUCAAUAAUGGUUAUGUCAAGCUGCCUCCUGAGAAGUUUGCACAGAAGAAACAAGGUGAGGCGAGUAAAGACUUACCCACGGAGCCCAAGAAGUUACAGCUCAACUCAGCGGAGGAACUGUAUGCGGAAAUCCGGGACAAAAACUUUAACGCUGUUGGUGCAGCACUCAGCAAGAAGGCCAAAAUUAUAUCUGCUGCUUUUGAGGAGCGCCAUAAUGCUAAAACAGUGGGAGAAAUAAAGCAGUUUGUGUCCCAGCUGCCUCACAUGCAGGCAGCACGAAGCUCACUGGCAAACCACACUUCCAUAGCUGAACUGAUCAAGGAUAUCACCACAUCUGAGGCCUUCUUUGAUAAUCUAACAGUGGAGCAGGAGUUCAUGACGGGUGUCGAUACAGACAAGGUGAACACAUAUAUAGAAGACAGCAUUGCCCAGAAGGAUCCGUUGAUCAAGAUUCUGCGUCUGGUGUGUAUGCAGUCAGUCUGCAACAAUGGCCUCAAGCAGAAAGUGUUUGACUACUACAAGAGAGAGAUCCUCCAGACCUACGGUUAUGAACACAUUCUAACACUGAACAAUCUAGAAAAGGGAGGUCUUUUGAAGCCACAGACAAGCUCAAGGAACAACUACCCCACCAUUAGAAAAACCCUUAAACUGUGGAUGGAAGACGCCAAUGAGCAGAACCCCAACGACAUCUCGUACGUGUACAGCGGCUACGCUCCGCUAAGCAUCCGACUGACUCAGGUCUUGGCGAGGCCCGGGUGGCGGAGCAUCGAAGAGGUGCUGAAGAUGCUUCCAGGCCCACACUUUGAGGAGAGACAGCAGCUUCCCUCUGGGCUACACAAGAAACGCCAACAGGGGGAGAAUCGGACAACGCUGGUGUUCUUCCUCGGUGGAGUGACGUACGCAGAGAUAGCCGCCCUCCGUUUCCUCUCUCAAAUGGAAGACAGCGGAAUGGAGUAUAUCAUUGCCACCACAAAACUCAUAAAUGGCACAACUUGGAUCAAAUCCCUCAUGGACCGGCCUGAAUCCCAGACGCCCUGAGUCACCUGCAUGUGCACCUGGCCACAUCAAACACCCCCAAACAUCCAUCAGAAAAGCUCAGCUGCCGUUCUCAUGUCGACACCAGUGUACUGCAGGUGUUUCAUUGAUGUCUGUGCUGAUUAAACAGCAGCAGCAUCUUUAGAGGUUCCCCUGUGGAGUUUUCUUGCAAAUAAAGUUAUGUUCACGUCUGUGUUACUGAUCAAGACGCAUAAUGUGUGCGUUUCCUUUUGGCCUUGAAUGUGUCUUGCAUCAUCUGCGGUCUUGUGCACGCUCAAGAUCCACAUGUAAAAACAUUCCUCCUUAGUGCUUCUAAUGAGCCCGACUGGGUACACUGAAUAGACAGUACAGUAUAAAUCUGGAUUAAUGCUACCGUCUAUUGUACAUCUCUUUGUCCUCUGCUUAUGUUUCCAUCACUGAGAAAAGCUACUGUAUAUAUGUAUGUACGACUACAACCUUGGAGAUGUUUGUGAUAAUGUCAUGUAUAAGAUUAAAGAUGCACUUUGAUUUGCAUUUUUGAAAGCU